AUGGGGGGCAACAAGUAUGCACUCCAGAGUGGAAGAGUGUCCAACCCCUCUCAAGGAGACUGGUUCCAGAGCCAGAGCCGUGCGUCGAGGAAAAUGGAUCAUCGUGUUUUUAUCCUGCUGGGAUUGAUUAUUCCAGCAGCUUCAUCUACACAGUACAAUAAUCUCGCUCUCUUGGGUAAAGCCACCCAAUCGUCCUUGGUUGGAUACCCCUAUUCAGCAUUCGGACAUGCCUACAACGCCAUAGACGGGAAUCCCAAUUCAAACUACCACGAUGGAUCCUGCAGCCACACCUCCACCCAGAAUAACCCCUGGUGGAGGGUGGACCUUCUGUACAAGUACAAAAUAACCUCCAUCACCAUCACCAACCGGGGGGACUGCUGUGCAAACAGGAUCAACGGAGCCGAGAUUCGCGUCGGGAACUCGCUAUACAACAACGGAAACAGUAACACACGGGUUGCAGUGGUUUCCUCCAUCCUUCCCGGCAAAUCCGUGACCUUCAAGCUCAGCAACAUCUCGGGACGUUACGUCAACGUGAUCUUACCCGGAUACAACCGGAUCCUGACGCUCUGUGAGGUCGAAGUUUACGGGUAUUAA